GCCAGUCCAAUCACCUUUCCGGUUAAGAACUCCUCAAGGCAUCAUGACCCCUUUUGUCCGCUCCACUAGGGAGCUCUUCCGCGGGUUCUCCAGCCGGGCGUUCGAUCCACCGCCGGUGAGUCUUCGCCGCCGUGUCGUUGUCACCGGACUGGGGAUGGUCACACCGCUAGGGUGUGGGGUGGAGACCACGUGGAGGCGGCUCUUGGAGGGUCGCUGCGGCGUUCGAGAGCUAUCACCGGCUGAUCUCAGGAUGGAAGGUUUCGAUGAGGCCACUGUGAUGCACACAUACGAGCAAUUGGCGUCCAAGGUUGUUGCCGCAGUUCCCUGUGGCAAGGAAGAAGGUGAGUUCGACGAGGAGAGGUGGCUUCACACAAAGGAGCAUAAAUCCGUGGCAAGGUUUAUAUCUUACGCUCUAUGUUCUGCUGAUGAAGCUCUUGGAGAUGCAAAAUGGUAUCCAGAUGAACAGGAGAGAAAGGAGAGAACGGGUGUUUCCAUUGGUGGAGGCACUGGAUGCAUAUCUGACAUUUUAGAAGCAGCAAAACUGAUUUGUGAGAAGCGAGUACGCCGACUUAGUCCCUUUUUCAUCCCCCGAAUUUUGAUCAACAUGGCAGCUGGUCAUGUUAGCAUUAAAUAUGGGUUCAGGGGACCAAACCAUGCUGCUGUGACAGCUUGUGCGACAGGUGCUCACUCCAUUGGGGAUGCUAUGCGGAUGAUUCAAUUUGGUGAUGCAGAUGUUAUGGUUGCUGGAGGAACAGAGUCAAGUAUUGAUGCAUUAUCAGUCGCUGGAUUCUGUAGAUCAAGAGCGUUGGCUACAAAAUACAAUUCUGUUCCUGAAGUUGCUUCACGACCAUUUGAUUGUGGUAGAGAUGGAUUUGUCAUUGGUGAGGGCUGUGGUAUCUUGAUACUGGAGGAACUCAAUCAUGCAAUACAUAGAGGAGCUAAAAUCUAUGCAGAAAUUCGAGGAUAUGGAAUGUCAGGUGACGCUCAUCACAUUACUCAACCUCAUAGUGACGGAAGGGGAGCUAUUCUUUCUAUGGAACGUGCACUAGAACAGUCUGGACUUCUUCCCACUGAUAUGGACUACAUAAAUGCUCAUGCUACAUCUACUCCUCUUGGUGAUGCUGUAGAGGCUAAAUCAAUGGAAUAUGUCUUCUCCAACCAUGCAACAUCUGGUGCUUUAGCAUUCUCCUCCACAAAGGGUGCUACAGGCCACCUUCUUGGAGCUGCUGGUUCGGUUGAAGCAAUAUUUUCGGUUCUUGCCAUCCAUCAUGGGAUUGCACCUUUGACAUUAAACCUUGAAAAGCCUGAUCCAGCCUUUCAUGGUUCAUUCAGCCCUCUAACCGCCUCAAAAGAGAUGCCCAUCAGAACUUCGCUCUCAAACUCUUUCGGCUUUGGUGGGACCAAUGCGUCCUUACUUUUCACAAGUCUGCCUUAACCUGAUCCUGCAUGCGUAAACUUCAGAUGCUCUAGGAACGCAUGGUUUUUUUAUUUGACAUAAAAGAAGCUGUUUGCCAUUUCAGAGAGGGGCUUUGUUGGAGGCAAUUUUGUUCUUUUGCUCAAAUGUUCAAAGUUCUCAGGUAAUGGCAGAGAAUACGGUUGGCUUUUGGUGUGCGUGGUUCGUUUGCAGAAAAAG